AACUCGGCUCAGAGAGUCUUACUUGUAUGUCCUGAUGUAAAUAACUUAGUUUUUCCACCUGUAAAAUAAAGAUGUAUUACCCGGGUAAGGGUGAAUAUUAGAAAUAAUGGUUACUGGCAUGUUCAGGGUGAGCGGUACUUUUUCCUUUACCACGGUGUUAAUUCUUGUAAACCAUGGACUUGGGGCUCCUUAAAUGACUUCCAACAGCCUCUGACACGGAUCACAUACCCUGCCUAUGCGUGGUUUUAGCAAACUGCCCGGCGACAGCCUCUGGGCUGAUACUCCGCUGGCUGUUUGGAGAAAACAGGUUAACAGCCCGAAGCGCGCUCGGAGUGUCCGCCGAGACCCGCAGUGCGGGCGGGUAGCUUCGGCGGCUGCCUGGAGACGCCAGUGCGGGGCCCUUCCUGUGCUCUGGCCUGGAGGCCGGACGCGUCUGGCUUCCUCAUAGAAACGACACAGCUCCCUUGGCCAAGCCCAGCGCUUUAUACCGGGGACUGGGAAAUUCUCCACUUCCAGGCAGGGACCAAUGCUGCUUGGAAAGAAUAGCCACAUAGAUUUUUGGCUAGGAAUCGAACACAAGGUAGGCGGCAGAAGAAAUUAAACUGGGAGAAGUUAGCGCUUCUUAGACAUUUUGCUUCUUUACUGUUAAAAAGAUCUGCCACCCAAGAUCUCGGGAAGUCGUCCUCCAAGCAGCGGGCUCGCCUCGCGCCGCAUUUCCACGCGCAGCCUCGACGAGCGCUCCCUGGAGGAACUCCCACAAUUCCCAGCCAGGGGGAGGCACCGCCCCCUGUGACGUCGCGCCCGCGGAUUGGCCGGCGUCGAUUGGCCCGGGCCGCGGCCGCAGUGGAGCGGGAACUGGAGACUGGGUGGUCGCCAUGAUGGGCUUUGGGGUCCCGUGUCGACGACGCGGCCGGCCGUUUGUGGGCUGGCCUGCACCCGGCGUCCCGCUGCUGCUGCAGUGUCUGCUUGGGACGCUGGCCAGCAAACUCAAUGUGCCGCAGGUGUUGCUCCCCUUCGGCCGGGAGCCAGGCCGCGUGCCCUUCCUGCUGGAGGCGCAGCGGGGCUGCUACACCUGGCAUUCCACACAUCAUGAUGCAGUAACUGUUGAGCCUUUAUAUGAAAAUGGCACCUUAUGUUCCCAAAAAGCUGUGCUCAUUGCUGAAUCUACCCAACCGAUACGCCUAAGCAGUAUUAUUCUUGCUCGAGAGAUAGUGACUGACCAUGAACUGCGCUGUGAUGUUAAGGUUGAUGUGAUAGACAGCAUUGAAAUUAUAUCUCGAACCCGGGAGCUCUAUGUAGAUGAUUCACCACUGGAACUGCUGGUGAGGGCGUUGGAUGCUGAAGGAAAUACUUUUAGUAGUUUGGCAGGGAUGAUGUUUGAGUGGAGCAUUGCCCAGGAUAACGAAUCAGCAAGCGAAGAAUUGUCUAGCAAAAUUAGGAUUCUGAAAUACUCUGAAGCAGAGUAUUCCCCCCCGGUGUAUAUAGCUAAGAUGGAAAAAGAAGAGAAACAAGGAGAUAUGAUUUUGGUGUCUGGGAUCAGAACUGGUGCUGCUGUUGUAAAAGUUCGAAUUUAUGAGCCAUUCUAUAAGAAAGUGGCAGCAGCAUUGAUACGUCUGCUAGUUUUGGAGAACAUAUUUCUUAUACCAUCCCAUGAUAUUUAUCUCUUAGUAGGAGCAUAUAUUAAAUACCGAGUUGCAAAAAUGAUACAGGGAAGAAUGACAGAGGUGGGAUUUCCCCUGGAACACUAUACACUGGAAUUGCAAGACCACAGAGUUGCAUAUAAUUGGUCUCUUUCUGGGAGAGUGGCUGUACUGGAUGAGAAAAGAGCUAUGGUGACUGCUGUCCAGCUGGGCCAAACUAACCUUGUCUUUGUCCAUAAAAAUGUCCAUAUGCGAUCUGUGUCUGGACUCCCAAAUUGCACCAUAUAUGUUGUAGAGCCUGGAUUUUUAGGUUUCACAGUUCAACCUGGAGACCGAUGGAGUCUAGAAGUGGGACAGGUGUAUGUCAUUACAGUAGAAGUGUUUGAUAAAAGCAGUACAAAGGUCUAUAUUUCAGAUAAUCUCAGGAUUAUGUACCAGUUCCUAAGGGAUUACUUUGAAGAGCAGCUCACUACUGUGAAUGGAUCUUACCAUGUAGUAAAAGCCCUGAAAAGUGGUGUCGUGGUGAUAAAUGCAUCCCUGACUUCCAUCAUUCACCAGAAUAAAAAUAUUCAGCCUAUAAAAUUUCCAAUCAUACAUCAGCAAGAAGUGAAGAUUUAUUUCCCCAUCAAGCUUACACCCAACUUUCUGGCAUUUCCUUAUCAUCCUAUGGGAAUAUUAUAUCGGUAUAAAGUACAGGUAGAGGGUGGCAGUGGCAACUUCACUUGGACCUCUUCUAAUGAAACAGUGGCGAUGGUGACCACUAAAGGAGUGGUGACUGCAGGUCAGGUCAAGGGGAACAGUACUAUUUUGGCCCGAGAUGUACAAAAUCCCUUUCGAUAUGGAGAAAUUAAGAUAUAUGUCCUGAAACUGAACAAAAUGGAGCUGUUACCAUUUCAUGCUGAUGUGGAGAUUGGCCAGAUUAUAGAAAUCCCCAUUGCAAUGUAUCAUGUAAAUAAGGAGAACAAGGAAGUCAUCAUGUUCACAGACUGCUCUCAUUUAUUGUUGGAUCUGAACAUGGAUAAGCAAGGAGUCUUUACUCUACUCAAGGAAGGUAUUCAAAGACCUGGGCCAACACACUGUUCUAGUAUACAUAUAGGAGCCAAAUCACUAGGCCAUACCCUGGUAACAGUGAGUGUGACUGAGUCUGAAGAGUACUUGGAGAGCAGUGCCACAUUUGCUGCUUAUGAACCCCUAAAGGCUGUAAACCCUGUGGAAGUGGCAUUGGUGACGUGGCAAUCUGUGAAGGAAAUGGUGUUUGAAGGGGGCCCCCGUCCAUGGAUCUUGGAGCCCUCCCGAUUCUUUUUGGAGUUGAGCAUGGAGAAGACAGAGAAAAUUGAAUUAACACAAGUCUGGCUGCCAGCUAAGAGAAAACAGAACCAGUACAUCUACCGGGUCUUGUGCCUGGAUUUAGGAGAACAAGCUCUGACAUUCCGAAUUGGAAAUCACCCAGGUGUCCUGAACCCUAGUCCAGCUGUUGAGGCUGUGCAGGUACGCUUCAUGUGUGCCCACCCUGCCAGCAUGUCAGUAACCCCAGUGUACAGAGUGCCACCUGGUGCCCAGCCAUGCCCUCUGCCACAGCACAACAAACAACUGAUUCCUGUAUCAAGCCUGAGGGACACAGUUCUGGAACUGGCAGUGUUUGAUCAACACAGGAGAAAGUUUGAUAAUUUCAGUUCACUAAUGCUGGAAUGGAAAUCCUCAAAUGAAACACUAGCUCAUUUCGAAGAUUAUAAUUCAGUGGAGAUGGUAGCAAAGGAUGAUGGCAAUGGGCAGACUCGGCUACAUGGUCAUCAGGUCCUUAAAGUACAUCAGUUAAAAGGGACUGUACUCAUUGGAGUCAACUUUGUGGGCUACUCAGAGAAGAAAAGUCCAGAGAAACUUUCCAACUUGCCCAGGUCUGCAGCUGUGGAGCUGCUCCUAGUAGACGAUGUAACUAUACUGCCUGAGAACGCCACCAUCUAUAACCACCCUGAUGUGAAGGAGAUAUUUAACCUUGUGGAAGGAUCUGGUUAUUUUCUGGUCAACAGCAGUGAGCAGGACAUUGUCACCAUCACUUACAUGGAAGCAGAAAGCUCUAUCCAGUUAGUUCCAGUACACCCUGGAUUUCUCACCUUGGAGGUCUAUGAUCUGUGCUUGGCUUUCCUGGGUCCAGCAGUGGCCUACCUCAGGGUGUCAGACAUACAGGAGCUGGAGCUCGAUCUGAUUGAUAAGGUUGAAAUAGGUAAAACGGUGUUAGUAACCGUAAGGGUUCUUGGCUCUUCCAAACGCCCGUUCCGAAAUAAAUACUUCAGAAACAUGGAGCUUAAACUGCAGUUGGCUUCUGCCAUCGUCACCCUGACGCUAAUGGAGGAACAGGAUGAAUACUCUGAAAGUUACAUCCUUCGAGCUGUCUCGAUUGGGCAAACCACACUCGUGGCUGUUGCCAGGGACAAGAUGGGGAGGAAAGUCACAUCGGUUCCUCGCCAGAUUGAGGUGUUUCCUCCAUUCAGACUUGUUCCAGAGAAAAUGACACUGAUCCCAGCUAACAUGAUGCAGGUAAUGUCUGAAGGUGGCCCCCAGCCCCAAUCUAUCAUUCACUUCUCUAUCAGUAACCAGACUGUGGCUGUUGUGAAUAGGAGGGGGCAAGUUACAGGGAAGGUAGUCGGCACAGCUGUGGUUCAUGGCACCAUCCAGACAGUAAAUGAAGAUACUGGCAAAGUCAUUGUGUUUUCCCAGGAUGAAGUGCACGUUGAGGUGGUUCAGCUGCGGACUGUUAGGAUCCUUGCAGCUGCUACUCGACUCAUCACAGCGACUGAGAUGCCAGUUUAUGUCAUGGGAGUGACCAGUACCCAGACCCCUUUCUCCUUCAGCAAUGCCAACCCUGGGCUCACAUUCCAUUGGUCCAUGAGCAAAAGGGAUGUAUUGGAUCUAGUACCCAGGCAUUCAGAGGUUUUCCUACAGCUCCCGGUAGAGAAUAACUUUGCCAUGGUUGUCCACACCAAAGCGGCUGGUCGGACCAGUAUCAGAGUCACUGUCCGCUGUAUGAACAGUUCCUCUGGGCAGCUUGAGGGGAAUUUGUUGGAACUCUCUGAUGAAGUUCAGAUCCUGGUUUUUGAGAAACUCCAACUGUUCUUUCCAGAGUGCCAGCCUGAGCAAAUUCUGAUGCCCAUGAAUUCCCAGCUCAGACUCCACACGAACAGGGAAGGGGCCGCCUUUGUGAGUUCCCGUGUUCUCAAGUGUUUCCCUAAUUCAUCUGUCAUCGAGGAUGAUGGUGAAGGGCUCCUGAAAGCUGGUUCCAUUGCAGGUACUGCUGUGUUGGAAGUCACUUCUAUAGAACCUUUUGGAGUCAACCAAACAACCAUAACUGGAGUUCAGGUGGCGCCAGUGACAUACCUGCGGAUGAGCAGCCAGCCCAAGCUGUAUGCAGCCCCUGGGUGGACUCUGCCAGCCUUUCCUGUGGGCAUGUCUCUCACCUUCGUCGUUCAGUUCUAUAACAGCAUUGGAGAGAAAUUCCACACACACAACACCCAGCUUCAUCUGGCCCUGAACAGAGAUGACCUGCUACUUAUUGGGCCAGGGAAUAGGAACUAUACUUAUGUGGCCCAGGCAGUGAACACAGGAGUGACGCUUCUGGGAAUCUGGGACCGGAGGCACCCAGGUGUGGCAGAUUACAUCCCUGUUGCUGUGGAGCACGCCAUUGAGCCGGACACCCAGCUCACCUUUGUUGGCGAUGUCAUCUGCUUCAGGACUCACCUCCUCAGCCACAACGGUGAACCUGGGAUAUGGAUGAUUUCUGCAGACAACAUUCUACAGACAGACACUGGCACUGGAGUAGGAAUGGCCAGGAGUCCAGGAAUAGCAACAGUCUUUCAUGACAUCCCAGGAGUGGUGAAAACAUAUCGAGAGGUGGUGGUCAAUGCAUCAAGAUUAACGCUCAGUUAUGACCUCAAGACCUACCUCACCAAUACCCCCAGUUCACCUGCGUUCAAGCUCUACAUCACCACCGGCAGGGACGGUGCUAAUCUUAAAGGAUCCUGUACCCCAAGUCAGGCCUUGGCCAUUACAACAAUACUUCUUCCUGAGACCCUUGUGCUUUGCCAUGUGCAGUUCAGUAAUACUUUGCUAGACAUCCCAGCAAGCAAAAUUUUCCAUGUCUAUGCAGGUUUCAGCAUGGAGAAAGGGGUUUAUGUCUGCCUAAUCAAGGUUCGACCCCAGUCAGAAGAGCUGCUCCAGGCCCUCAGCAUGGCUGACACCUCAGUCUACGGGUGGGCCACACUGGUCAGUGAACGGAGCAAGAAUGGAAUGCAAAGAAUCCUCAUUCCUUUCAUCCCAGCCUUUUACAUCAACCAGUCAGAAUUGGUUCUUAGCCACAGACAUGACAUCGGGGAGAUAAGAGUGCUGGGGGUGGACAGAGUUCUUGAGAAGCUAGAGGUCUUCCCCAGCUCCCCCGUCCUAGUGGUCUCCGGCCACAGGCAGUCUUCCCUCACGCCUGGCCUGGCUGUCUAUCCCGUAAGAGUAGUCAACUUCACCUCCCUGCAGCAGACGGCAUCACCCAUUUUCAUCAAUAUUUCCUGUGAGCUCACCAGUCAAAGUGAGGCUGUGCUAGUGAGAGCUCUGAAGGAUAAGUCUGGUGCAGAUCAAUGUGAAGAUUCAGGUAUCCUCCAGAAGUUCCUGGGUUCUCACCAGACCAUCCUCUUUACCCUCUUUGCAGUGCUGGCAUCAACAGCUUUCAUCUUUCUAGCAUACAAUGCCUUCUUAAACAAGAUACAGACAGUUCCUGUUGUUUACGUACCAACUCUAAGCACACCACAAGCAGGUUCUUAUACCUCCACCACACGUUCUCCCCCACCUUUCAUGAGUCCACAACCCCCACCAGGCCAGAGUCGGCUACAACACUGGCUGUGGAGUGUAAGGCACUAAUCUCCACUUGGACAAAUCCCCUCAACUAUAGAGAACCGGAGCCAUAAGCUCCCAAACUAGGCUUCUAAAAACUAAAUAAAGGAUCCUAAGUUCUGC